AGAGAAUGUGCAUAUGUGCAAAGUUGGCGCAGAAAAUAUAUCCAUGUGUGUUAUUUAAUGUUUACAGAACGACAUCUGUGGAAUUUCGUAUCGGUGAAACAGGAUGCUGGAGGAUUAAGGAUUAAAUUCCAUUUCUAGAUUAAUUCAACCAUGCUGUUGUUGAAAGAAGCUGUCUGAUAGAAUAUACUCAGCCAUGGAGCAAUUUUUACGAGAAACGAGAAAAUAUUUGGAUAAAGAAACAUACAAAGACAGUAAAAUACAUGUUGUCAUUGGCAACGAAGCAUGCGACCUUGACUCAGCUGUUUCAGCCUUGACCUACAGUUAUUUUUUACACAAGGCAUCAUCUUCCAGUCAACCCCUUUGUCUUCCUGUGCUAAAUACUCAGAAAUCUAAGUUCCACCUCAAAACAGACACAAAAUUUCUCCUUAGCCACACAGGGAUAAACCCAGAUUACUUGACCUUCAGGGAUGACCUUGACCUUCAUGACCUCCAUCAACAAGGCAGAUUAAUCUUGACCUUGGUUGACCACAAUGUUUUGGUCGGUCAUGACUCGUCGUUGGAGGACAGUGUUGUCAUGGUGAUUGAUCAUCGUCCAUUGGAAAGGAAACCAUGUGAUAGGGUGAAGAUAAUCCAGGACCUUGUGGGUUCCUGCAGUUCUUUAGUAGCCAGAAUUCUACUGGACAGUCCAGAAUUUACAAUAUGCCCACAAGUUGCCACAUUGUUACUAGGUACCAUAUUAGUUAAUACAGUGAAUACAAGUCCAGAGGCAGGAAAGACAACUCCGUAUGACCAGGAGAUCUUAUGCAGACUGACCCAGAUAGUACCUGACCUAGAUAAGGACAAACUCUAUAGUGAUAUCCAGCAGGCAAAGAAUGAUAUCUCUGCUCUGAACACAAAGGAAGUCCUGGAAAAAGACCUGAAGUGUGUCACCCAUGGUAACCACACAGUAGUAAUGUCAUCAAUACCAGUGUCUUUGGAGGUGUUUCUUCAGCGUUCUGAUGUGUCAGAGUCCAUGAAUUCUGUUAUGCUUGACCGGAAAGGGCAGAGUGUAGUUGUCAUGACAAUGCAUGUAGAUACAGGGGUGCCCCGCAGGGAAAUUUUGAUUUUCUCCAAUAGUGUGGAGGAAACAACUAAGCUUGCUGAGUUCUUGAAAACAAAUGAAGAAAUUCAAUUAGAUUUUCAGCUCUUCACCUGUGAAUUCAAAAACUGUUUAGCAUAUUACCAAGGAAAUGUCAAGGCAUCCAGAAAGAAAGUCCUUCCUUUGGUCAAGUCAUUUUUGCAAACAACAAAUGUACCUCAGGAUGACCUGCUGCUGAACUUUGACCCUUUUGGGACAGUUGAGUCAGUGGGGCAAUCAAACACACUUUUAGACUUUUCAAAUAAUUCUGCUUCCCCAUCUGUGGUAAUGAGCAGUGGACCAUGUAGCACAAACCAGGACCUUCUUUUUGACCCUUUAACAACAGACAGUUCUAAUAAUCAGACAGCUUCUCAAGAUCUGUUAGGAUUGUUUGAAGAUACUGUACAACGAAAGCACCCCAAAAUCAGCAUAACUCUGCCAAAGUCCCCUGUGGAGCCAAGUUCCUCAGCAGGAGUCCCUGAUUUGUUGGGAGACUUCACAGAGGCUGAUGUCAUGGAGUCCCCACUACGCACCCCAGAUUUGAUGCAGAGUCUCUCAGAGGCUUCCUCUGGUCCUGGUUCAGCCUGGAACUCUCGUCCUGGGUCAGAAUAUCCUAGUCAUACUGUAACUCCUCCUGAAACCGCCACACCACCAAAUAGUUUGAUCUCAACUGGUUUCCAUGCCAACAACGAAUUCACUCUGCCUAGUAUGAACAAUGCUGAAACCAUUGAAAAAAUUCAGCAAAAGAAGCGCCAAAUGAUGAAAGGAACCAAGAAGAUGAAAGAUGUGAUGGACAGUUAUCCUUUUACACCUCAAAAUAGUGUGGCUGAUGUGCAGUUUGACUCAUUGGCCAAGGAACAUAAUUUAAGAACUUUAAAUAAUUCUCAAAUGGUGAGACAAGUGGAACAGAAGCGGAAGUCUUUAGGUGGAGAAGUGGAUUUACUGUCGUCUGCUGAUCAAGAGGAGGAGAAUGUUCCAUUUACGCCACAGAACAGCUUUGUGUCAGAACAGUUUAGUGAGUUUUAUGAUCAUGAAUCUGAUCUACCGAGUCUUAAUAGUGCAGAAAUGGUACAACGAAUUCAGGAGAAACGGGCGAGUAUGGGAGGAGGUAUAAUGGAGGAAGAAAAGGCAGCUGAAGAAGAUGACAGUGUCCCGUUUACUCCACAAAACAGCUUCAUGGAAAGUAAUUUCGACACUCUAGCCAACGAACACAUUUUGCCAAGUCUUAAUAAUGCAGACAUGGUUCAGCAGGUGAAGCAGAAGCGCUCCACAUUAGGUAGUAGGCUUGCUGACCCAGAUGUGAACUCAUCCAUGUCUCCAGGAGGAGUAGAAGGGAGUGAUCCAUCACAAAUUUAUUCCCCUUUUACUCCUAAAAACAGCUUUGUGGAAUCUAACAUGGAAAAAUAUCAAAGUCAAGGCUUGGAUUUAAAUUCACUCAACAGUCGUCUGCUGGAUAUUAGUCAGGAUAAAUCUGUGAUAUUCUCUCAGGAGUCAAGUUUUCUGGACUUUGACCCUGUAUCCAUUGAACCAGAAAAUGUAGUGGCAAAGGGAAUUGCUCAAGAGAUGCUGAAAGACAGUCAAGAAGCUUCAGGAAGUCAGUUAUUAGACCUAGACUUUAAUGAUGACAAUAAUGGUGAUAGCCCAGCAGGGAAUCAUGGGAAAUCCAAUGGAACUAUGGGAAAAGAUUUUAGUCAGAGAAGUCAGCAGGAAGGGAACCAGUCAAGCGACAGUGAACCAGGGAAGGGAGAUAACCCAAUACAGGAUGUGGCCUUCUCUCUGGCUGGAGAACUGAUUGAACAUGUGUUGGACAACUUUGAACCAAAUCAGUCCUUGAUUGACAACACACCCGUGUCUCCUAGUACUGCUGAGAUUCCAGAGGUCAUUGAGGUCAAACCUGAGAAGCAGGAUGCGGUGAAUUCAGUGUGGCAGGGUUUGACUGCAGAGAGUCUAGAUAAUGGUGUGAAGAAGGUAGCCAGCAAUAGCCAGCUUCUCUCCCUAGAAACAGAUUACCUGUCAAAGGUGGAUCCUCUACACGGAACCUACGACCUAGUUACCCACGAAGCGGACCGUGAAGUUGUGGAGAGUUCCAGUUUCCGUAAAAUCAGCGGGGAAGCCCCCAAAACGGUCCGAGAGGAAAUUCUGAAAGAAUCAUCCCAUGUACCAGAACGGGAGGAGGCAGGUAUCAAUGGGAUAAUGGAAGAAGGGGGGAGUGACAGAAAGACAAAGGAGUUGGAAGAUGAUAGAAAGAAUGAAGAAGGAAUGAAUAAAGAGGAAGAAAUGGAAAAAACAGAUCAAGAAAUCCCAUCACCUACACAACGAAUGGCAGAAAGUCUGUUAAACUCUGUGUUUCAGAAUGCGGUCAAAGUUGUCCAAUCAGAGUCAAAAGAAGCCUCAAAUGAGCAAAAGACCACUAUUUCUCAGCAGUCUAUUUUUAACUUUGACACAACAGAGGAUAGCAUGGAGGAGUCUGGGUCAUCGCCCUCGGACACCUCAUCCCCGACACAAUCAACAACGACGGAGGCGAGUUACCACCUCUCGUCCCCAGAGUGUGAGGCAGCAGGGGAGGGGCGUGGGGAGGGGGAGAGCAUGCCAAGGGCAGAUAAAUCUGUACUGUCAGUCACCAGUAUAAGCAGUGAAAGUUUAUCGUCGUACACUGGUAUUAAGAGUGAUGUGAACUUACUAGAAAGGACAGAAAAAUCUCUGAUGUCUUUUGGUAGCAUUAGUAAUGAAAGUCUCUUAUCCUAUUCUGGAGUGAAAAGUGAUAUGAAUCUAGAGGCUUUAGGAGGUCCCACCUCCCCAAAAAGUAAAAAUUUUACUAAAAAUCGCCCACCUGUGACAGAAAAUUUAGACAAAAGUGAUAAUUUGGCCACAGAAACUUCCAAAGUGAUUUUUAAGUUAGAUUCAUUUGAUGACAAUUUGGAAGAAGCUAUUGAAGAAACAAAAGUACAAGAGAAAGAGAAAGUAGAUUCUGGGAGUCGACGGGAAGUGUACGAAACAUCAGCUGGUCGAAUAAGCAUCAGAGUGGACGAUGAAGCAGUAUUGUCUGAAUCGUCACCAUCCAAUGACCAGACCCCAUUGACCUCAGUGGGAGAGGAGAAGACCCCAAAAACAUCCUCGUCAGACGAUGGCCUCCCUCUGGUGUCUGUCUCCAGUGACCCUUUUGAGAGCCUCACUUCAUCUGCCAUAGUGACCAAGGAUGAAGAAAAGGCUUUGGAUGAAAACAACAAAAACUCAAGUGAUGACAUGACGGACCAGGACAACAAAAUCAAGGACAGACUUGGGGGUCUGGACCUGGCUGAUGAAUGGCAGGAAGAUGACAUCCCAGGAAUGCCCCCCGCAGAAAAAGUAUCAGAUUCCAGCGACUCUGAAGGCUCGCGAUCAAGACAUUCCAGUAACUCCAGCAACUCCAGUAAUGAACACUCUCCAGUGCGUCCCUCCUUACUCAGUGCUCAUCCAAAGAAAAAGAUCACGGCCAACUUUAACAUCCUGAGUGAUGAUCUAGACGAUGAUGGGAUGGAUCCAGCAGAUGGUCUGGAGUGGGAAAAUGACACACCUAUAAAACGGACGGAUCCACUCCCCGAAUUCUCCGCUCGGGAUGAGUACCGUGAGUCUAAACUCUGGAAGGGGGUGGAGAUUGGAGGAAAACAGAUGAAGAUUGACCUCAAGGUCAUUGAGCCAUAUAAAAGGGUCCUUUCUCAUGGAGGUUACUAUGGAGAGGGGCUGAAUGCCAUUAUUAUUUUCUCGGGAUGUUACUUACCGGACCAUAGUAGAAGAGAUUAUCAGUAUGUGAUGGAUAAUUUAUUUAUGUAUGUGAUAAGUACCUUGGAGACUCUGGUUGCCGAGGACUACAUGAUUGUUUAUUUCCAUGGUGCCACACCACGGCGACAGAUGCCAAGCUUUGGCUGGCUGAAAAAAUGUUACCAGAUGAUCGACAGAAGAUUGAGGAAGAAUCUGAAGUCCUUACUGUUAAUACACCCCACGCUGUGGCUAAGAACCAUAGUCAUGAUGACCAGACCAUUUAUCAGUGCCAAAUUUUCCUCUAAGCUGCGGUUUGUCCGGUCGCUAUCAGAACUAGGUCAGAUCAUUCCUAUGGAGUAUAUUUCUGUCCCAGAACAAGUACAACAGUAUGAUGAUAGAAUAAUGCAGCACCAGGCUAAAGUUACCUCCCCUAUCUCUCACUCUCCCGAACCUCUUACCUCCCCUUCCUAAUCCUAGAGCAGACACACACAGCACAUUUAUCACACCAGGCAAGUAUCCUUAUAUAUC